AUGGGCUCCCGGAGGUACCUUCGUUUGAAGGAAAGGACAAUUUCUGACGUGGCAAUUGGCGUGCACCAACUUUGGGAAGGAGAACGCACCGUAUUAUUGUAUGUUGUGCGUGUACCACGCCAAGUCUUUGAACUUGCUGCUGUGAAGGCUGCUUCCGUGGCAUUGACGAGGUCCUAUAAUGUUUUACAAACUAGUCCUCUCAUUUUUAAGUUAGCUCCAGGAAUUGGUCUUAUUGUAUUUGCUGUAUGGGGUCUGGGGCCGCUGAUGCGUCAGAGCCGAAACCUACUACUUCAUAAAAGAGACAAUAGUUGGAAAAAGAGUCGCACUUAUUAUGUGAUGGUCUCUUAUAUUCAGCCUUUGCUGCUGUGGACUGGUGCAACACUUAUUUGCAGGGAACUGGAUCCUGUUGUUUUGCCUACGGAAGCUAGCCAGGUUGUCAAGCAGAGGCUUCUGAAUUUUGUAAGAUCAUUGUCGACUGUGCUCGCAUUUGCUUAUUGUUUAUCAAGCAUGAUUCAACAAACUCAAAAGUUCUUCAUGGAGUCUACAGAGCAUGGUGAUGCAAGAAAUAUGGGUUUCCGAUUUGCAGGGAAAGCUGUAUCCUCUGCAGUGUGGGUAGCUGCUGUUUCACUAUUCAUGGAGUUGCUCGGUUUCUCCACCCAGAGGUGGCUUACUGCUGGAGGUCUUGGGACAGUAUUGCUGACUCUUGCUGGCCGUGAGAUAUUCACAAAUUUCCUCUCCAGUGCAAUGAUUCAUGCAACUCGGCCUUUUGUUAUGAAUGAGUGGAUUCAAACAAAAAUUGAAGGCUAUGAAGUUUCUGGUACUGUUGAGCAUGUGGGUUGGUGGUCACCAACAAUUGUCAGAGGGGAAGAUCGUGAAGCAGUUCAUAUUCCAAACCACAAGUUCACAGUGAAUGUUGUUAGAAAUCUCAGUCAAAAGACUCAUUGGCGUAUUAAAACCCACCUGGCCAUUAGUCACAUGGAUGCUCAUAAGAUUAAUAAUAUUGUUGCUGAUAUGCGCAAGGUGCUGGCCAAGAAUCCUCAAGUUGAGCAGCAGAGGUUGCAUAGAAGAGUAUUUUUCGACAAUAUCAAUCCUGAAAAUCAGGCUCUUCUGAGAUUUGAGGCAUUUGACGACUAUGAAUUGCUGAGUGUCAUUUUGAAUGCAGUUGACAUGAUAAAUUGUCAAAAUAUGCAGAGAUUUGAGGAAUUUGACGACUAUGAAUUGCUGAGUAUCUUAGUGUCCUGUUUUGUGAAGACCUCACAUCAUGAAGAAUAUCUUUGUGUGAAGGAAGCCAUAUUGUUGGAUUUACUGAGGGUUAUCAGCCAUCACAGGGCCCGACUUGCUACACCAAUUCGGACAGUGCAGAAAAUAUUCAGCGACGCCGAUUUGGAAAAUGUCCCUUUUGCAGAUUCCAUCUAUAACCGUGGUGGAGUGGCUUCGAACCGUCCUUUACUACUGGUUGAACCUUCUUACAAAAUCAAUGGCGAAGAUAAAGCAAAAUCACAAACUCGUUCUGGCCGCACAGCUGCAGAGCAAGACAGUAAGACCACAUCACGGUUUACAAGUGACGCCAAAGCAGGAACAAACACAAAGUCUGAUUCAAGGGCAAAAGAAACACCAAAAUCUGACACAAAGGGACAUGCUAAUAUUGGCGAAACACCAAAUUUGAAUCAAAAUAAAACAGCAUCUGAUGCCAAACCUAAGACUACAAGUCCUGCAAAUGCAAGGCAGAAUAGUAAGGUAAAUAAUUCUGCAGUUGACUCAUCGGAAGCUAGUACUGAAAAAGUAGGUGGAUUGAAGGAAUCUUCCCUGUCAAAACAGGAUAAAAGGUCAGUUUCUCAGCCAUCAUUGUCAAGACCUGCGUUGCAGGAAAAUAUAGUUCUUGGUGUGGCUUUGGAGGGUUCAAAGAGAACACUUCCUAUAGAGGAAGACAUGGCUUCCCAUCCAACUCCAGCGGAGGAUAAGGAAGUGGCUGCUGCAUCCCAAAAUGGAACUGGAUCUAAAACUGCUAUGAAGGAUAGGAGAGAUUGUCCGCCGCCAACUCCAAAUGCAACAUCUGGCGAUCAGUAA